AUAAACGUCACUGCAUUCUACCAAACUUGCUUUCUGAGAAGCAAGUGGUCACUGCUUCUGUUCACCUAUCCUUCCCAACAAAAAAUGGGGAAGAUGGUGUUACUGAGAUCCAUAUGGCGCGCAACCUGUUUCAGGUCCUCCAGUUUCGCCGCUUAUACCCACCACCAGCUCCGCCACCACUUGCCUUCUCGAUUCAUCUUCACUUCCGUUGGAGUACCUUCCUAUCGCAACCCUUCUGAUUUCAGAUCUUCUCUUACACUGGGCAUUGGAAGCAUACGAUAUUUUAGUCAGGAUGUAGCUCGCAUGCCUGUCAUACAAGAUCCUGAAAUUCAAAAUGUUUUCAAGGACUUGAUGGCUGCAAGUUGGGACGAGCUUCAUGAUGCUGUCAUCCACGAUGUAAAGAUUGUGUUGUCUAAAGACACUGAUGACAAAGCUGGCCAAGAAAUUUUGAAGAAUGUUUUCUGUGCAGCUGAAGCUGUUGAGGAAUUUGGUGGCAGGCUUAUUUCUAUGAAAAUGGAACUUGAUGACAGCAUUGGAUUGAGUGGUGAGGAUGUAAAACCUUUACCAAAUGAUUUUGCCAAUGCACUUCGUACUGUUUUUGAACGAUAUUCUGCCUAUUUGGAUGCAUUUGGACCUGAUGAAGGUUAUUUGUGGAAGAAAGUAGAGACAGAGUUGGGAUCAAAGAUGAUAUACUUGAAGAUGAGAUGCAGUGGGCUUGGUUCAGAGUGGGGAAAGGUUACUGUUCUUGGUACUUCUGGACUUGCUGGUUCUUAUGUUGAGCAGAGAGCUAAAUAAGAGCCACAACUUAGGAAAGGGCUAGAAUGAAGGGUGCUAAAUUCGAGCGACCUUAACUAUUCUGCUGCCUUUACGCCAAGACCAAGAUUCAGAAGGGGAUUUGGGCAACGGUGGAAGCAACACAGCCUUCCUGCAGAGACCAAAUGGCCAUCCUUCGCAGUGACACAGCUCCUGAAGUAUGGAACGCCUUGGAAAAUCUUGUAACUCAAGAAGCUCACUGAAGCUUGAGCAGCGAGAAAGGUUUGUUUUAACAGAAAAAAACACUUCCUUGCUCAAAGCAUUUGAACGACAGGAGAAACAACUUGCAACAGACAGAAAUUCCUCUCUUUCCUCCUCCUUGUCUUCAUCAUCAUCAUCAUCCUUUUCUUGCAAAAUCUUGGGAGCCAAGAACAGUUCCCCAGUCCUGGGAGAGAACACCCAAGAAAUGCUAUCUGUCAGAACAAAGGAUCUUUGCCUAGAGUUCUCCAUGGCACGGCUUCGGAUUUCUGAAACAAGAACCUGAAGAAACAAUCAAAGACAAUAUAACACAACCAGAAAACAUUCAUGGAUUAACAAGGAAAGAUAGAAAAUAGAAGAUUAUAUCUGCAGUAAUCAAAAAGUGAGUACUUCCUGCUCAUCAUCUACGUCACUAGAUGGGUACUCCACCUCCGGCUUCAAAGUUGAAAUCUGUCGACAAGUACGGCAAUUGGAAAACGCAUCCUUCAAAGUUGCAGUGAGGAACUUGCAUUUCCGGGAAGGAUUUGGUGGCUCCUCAUUACAAAAGACACCCAUAUUGGAGAAUUUUGCGAAUAUUAUCUAUUUGAUACAGAAAUAUAUACAGAAACCAACAUGUGAAAUAGCAAGUCACACUUGGAAUUGAUGUUCAAAUUGACCUGCC